AUAGGAGAGAGAAGAGAAAAAAAAAACAAACCACAACGAACUACCCCCUCCUCGUCGAGCCGACGCGAGAGAGGAAAGUGGGUUGCGGCUUGCUGCGCGUGUGGAGUCGCCAUUCCCCAAUUCGCUGCGCCGCCCGCCGGAUCUCGUCUUGCCCCCUGCGGCGGCGGUUUGGGCCCCCCCUUCCGAUCGGUUUCCCCCCCGCACAUGGUCGUGGCGGCGGCGGAGGUGGUGGUGGUGCGGGAGUAGGGAGGCGGGCGAACCGAGGCGGCGGCGCCGAUGGCGGACCUGGUUUCCAGCUGCAAGGAUAAACUGGCAUACUUUAGAAUAAAGGAACUCAAAGAUAUAUUAAAUCAGCUCGGCUUACCAAAGCAAGGAAAGAAGCAGGAUCUUAUUGAUAGGGUGUUGGCACUCUUAACAGAUGAGCAAGGUCAAAGGCAUCAUGGAUGGGGAAGGAAAAAUUCUCUCACCAAGGAGGCAGUGGCAAAAAUUGUUGAUGAUACAUACAGCAGGAAAAUGCAAAUCCAAUGUGCUCCUGAUCUAGCCACCAGGAGCCACAGCGGAUCAGAUUUCAGUUUCAGGCCUAUAGAGGAAGCCUAUGACUCUUUCCAGCCAGAGGCCAAAGUUCGCUGCAUUUGCAGUAGCACAAUGGUUAAUGACAGCAUGAUCCAGUGUGAAGAUCAGCGAUGCCAAGUGUGGCAACAUUUGAAUUGUGUACUCAUUCCAGAUAAGCCUGGGGAGAGCGCUGAAGUUCCACCCGUUUUCUACUGUGAAUUAUGCCGACUGAGUCGGGCAGACCCAUUUUGGGUCACUGCUGGAAAUCCAUUACUCCCAGUGAAAUUCGUGUCAUCUGGUGUUACAAAUGAUGGAACAAGUGUACCUCAAAGUGUGGAGAAAAGCUUCCAGCUUUCUCGAUCAGAUAGAGAAACUGUCCAGAGACAAGAAUAUGACCUCCAGGUUUGGUGCAUGCUUUUGAAUGACAAAGUUCAGUUCAGGAUGCAGUGGCCCCAAUAUGCAGAAUUGCAUGUUAAUGGUAUUUCUGUACGAGUAGUGACUAGACCUGGUUCUCAAUUACUAGGGAUAAAUGGACGGGAUGAUGGUCCACUGAUAACCACAUGCAGUAGAGAGGGAAUUAAUAAAAUUUGCUUAUCAAGGGUCGAUGCUCGGACAUUUUGCUUUGGUGUUCGAAUUGCUAAACGGAGGACUGUUGCUCAGGUUUUGAACUUAGUUCCAAAGGAAGCUGAAGGAGAGUCUUUUGAGCAUGCUCUUGCUCGUGUUCGGCGCUGUCUCGGAGGUGGAGACACUGCAGAGAAUGCUGAUAGUGACAGUGAUUUGGAAGUGGUUGCGGAGUCUGUUACAGUCAACCUUCGUUGCCCUAAUAGUGGAUCCAGAAUGAGGAUUGCUGGGAGAUUCAAGCCUUGCAUUCACAUGGGUUGUUUUGAUCUUGAAACUUUCGUGGAAUUGAAUCAACGGUCCCGCAAGUGGCAAUGUCCAAUAUGUUUAAAGAAUUACUCUCUUGAGAGCUUGAUGAUUGAUCCUUACUUCAAUAGGAUUACUUCUCUGUUGCGCAAUUGCAAUGAGGAUGUCAAUGAGGUUGAUGUUAAGCCUGACGGAUCUUGGCGUGUGAAGGGUGAUGCUGCAAGUAGAGAAUUAUCUCAGUGGCAUAUGCCUGAUGGUACCCUUUGUAAUCCUAAGGAAGAUGUCAAACCUGCCAUGCAAAAUGGAAAUGAACAAAUGAUGGAAGGUACUUCUGAUGGACAGAAAUCUUUGAAAAUUGGAAUAAAGAGAAAUCCAAAUGGAAUCUGGGAAGUUAGUAGCAAAGCAGAUGACAAGAAGCCUUCUGUGGUUGGAAAUCGCAUGCAAAACAAUAGUGGGUUCCGAGCUCUAAACAACAUUAUGCAUAUGAGCAAUAGCCCAACUAGUAGUUAUAGAGACGGGGAAGACCCAAGUGUGAACCAAGAGAGCAAUAGGCAUGUUGACUUAUCAUUGAACAAUGGUAAUAAUGAGUUUGACAGUUUCUCUCUCAAUUUUGGCCAAGCAUGCAAUACAGAUGAUAGACCACAGCAACAACAUAAUGCCACAGACGUCAUUGUUCUUAGUGAUUCUGAUGAAGAGAAUGAUGCUAUGGUUUGUCCACCAGCUGUCUAUGACAAUACUACCACUGCAAAUGGUAGUGGUUUUCCUUUCACCACUAAUGGUAUUGGAUAUACUGAAAGGUACCAGGAAGAUGCCGGCGUUGGUACAAGUGGCCUUGGUUUAUUGAGUAACAAUGUUGAUGAUUUUGAGAUGAAUAACUGGCAAAUGCAUUCUUCUUAUCAACAACCUGAACAAGGCUUCCAGUUUUUUGGGAAUGAUACUGAUGUCCAUAAUACUUUUGUUGGUUCACACAAUUCCUUUGGCUUAGCACCAAAUGACUAUUCUCUUGAUUGUAAUGUUGGCGUAGAGGAGGCUUCGGUAACUCCUGCUCUUUCAGUCUGCCGGAAUAGUAAUGAAAUGCAUGGAAGUUUGGUUGAUAACCCACUGGCUUUGGUUGGCGAUGAUCCAUCCUUGCAAAUUUUUCUUCCAAGUCAACCUUCCUCUGUUCCUCUUCAGGAAGAACUUAGCGAGCGUGCUAAUGCACCAAAUGGGGUUCAGUCUGAUGAUUGGAUAUCCCUUACACUCGCAGCGGGUGGAGGUGGUAACGAAGAGCCUGCACCUGCUGAUGUCAAUUCACAGCCACAAAUUCCAUCAACAGAGACAGGGAUCGAACCAUUGACCGAUGCUGGUUUGUCUCCCUUUUCCGACUUCUGCAUUUCUGAGCACAAACAUUGAAAGACGUAGCGGAGCUGAUUUAAAUCCAAGAAGGAUAGAAAAUAUAUUUUCUCAUCCUCGCCAGCCUCGGUCUGUUAGGCCUCGACUCUGUUUAUCAAUAGAUACUGAUUCUGAGUAGUUUGGACAUCAUAACGGGGUAACUGAGUUUGCAUUAGUUUGGCAAAGCUGCCAUCCAGAAAUCAUGAUUUAUACUGAGGUGGGGUUAUCGGUCGUCUGGUUGAUGUAAAGAAAAACACCAGCAUUGAUGCUUUGUUGCCUCAAUGGUUUACAAGCUUUCAAGUGUUCUAUUUGAUCCAGGAGGGAUCUGCAUAGAGGACAUCUGAUGGUUGGUAUAGAAAAUUUUCUAACUGGGUAUCGAGGCUUAAUGUGGCGACUGGAGCAGUUUGUACAUUUUUUUUGUUUUGACUUUUACUGGAUAUAAGGAAUAGAGGUGGGGUCAUCCCUGGACCCUGGAUGCAAGACAAAUACAUGUGAAUGUUUUGGGUGUACCAUCAUUGUAUUUAGGGUUUGGGGGUACUAAUUUAGUUGUUUAUUAACCUGGUAUUUGAUGGAGAAUAAAUUAUUCCUGGAAGUGGCGGCCAAUAAACAGAGUCGUUGGGGUUUUACUUGGGUAAUUGUUGAUUAAUCUCAGCUUUGCUAUGCAAUGCACGAGAAUGUUGGGUUUUGUGUUAA